AUGCCAAAACUGGGCGAAUUUCCGCACAAAAACAGCCUCGAUCGAAAAACAAAAAGAGUGAAAUUCACGCAAAAAGAGGAGGGAAAUGAAAACGAGAGAGAAAUUAUCAUCAAAAUUCAAACAGAAAAUGAAAACAAGACGCCUUGGCUGGACAAAUUGAAAGGAGUGCAUAUUUGUGUAAAGAUCAUCGCGGCUUUGAUUGGUAUAGCGACGAUUCUUUUUCCUGCGUUUUUCAUUUCCAAGGGGUUGAAAUCCGUGGCAGCAGGGGAGGAGCACUCGCCGCAAACAGAGAUUGUCGACGCUACCGAUCCAACAAUGCUCGUUUCUCCGAUGAUUGACCCUGUCUCUGAGAAAAUCAAGGAAGUCAAAAAGUCCUUCAUCGUUCUGGAAACACACAAAGAUUCGAGUCAAUUUUACUCUUUGACUGAAGCCGGAGAAAAAGCAGUGAAAACCUACAAAUUCCCGGACGAUAAUGAGCAGUACUUGUAUUCUUCUGGAGGGGCGAUUUUUCAAGGAAUCUUUUACAUUUUUGGCGGGCGAUUCAAAAACAAGAAAAUUGCGUUCUUGGACGGCUGUAGAUUUGAAGAGUUGUCGAUGCAGUUGAAGUACAGUCAUCUUCAUUCAAAUAAUCUUGUUACUUUGCAGGAUGAUUCAGAAGUGCUUCUUUGUUUUUCGGAUGAAAACGGCUUUCGAAAAUGUCAAUCUUUCGAUGGAGAAAAAGUGAUUUCCGACCACCACUCCUCGAACUUUGGCCACGAAAAUGGCUGCAUUGGGCAUUUCGGCGAGCAAAUUCUAGCUGUUGGCGGGCUUUCUCUCGGAGCUGAGCACAAAGUCGAGAUGAGAGACAAAACUGGGCGAUGGAGAAAUAUGCCGGAUCUACCCAAACAAUUUGCGGAGUAUGAUGAAAAUCAUUGCAUCGGGUUUACCGACUCUCUUCUCGCCAUCGGUGGAUGGGGAGAGCCUCAAACUCAAGUUCUUCUUUUUAAAGAAAAUAGAUGGAAACUCGUCGGAAACAUGUGGAAGCCGAAUUUGAUGGGAAAUUCGUUGAGAUUUGGAGAUGAAAUUUUCACCAUUGGAAAAGAAAGCAUCGAGAAAUUCGUUUUCGACGAAGAAAAAUCAAUUUCUUCAAUACGAGUUUAUCCAGAAAUCAUUUUUGAGGACGUUCAAAAUGGCUGGGGAGCACUUUUUUUUGAUGCAAAAUAUGACACUUGCUUUUAA